GCCUUGUCAAAUUAUUUUUAUUCUACGAACGAAUCCUUUAGCCUUGUCAAGUCUUACAAUAAUAAUAAACUCAUUUUGGUACAACGAAUGAACAUACGCCGCAUUACGCGGUAACGCAGGACGAAGCUACGCAACUAGACCCCCCGCACGAGGAUUCAAAUAUCGCACGAUACAGCCAUUCAGAAUCGCGCAGCAUGGUCAAAUUCGCAGAUGAUCAAACGGAGGCACCUCCACCCAAGAAAGAAACAUGGGAGGAAUUCAAUGCGAAAAUGAACCGUAUACAAAUGGCCCUCGCAAAACGUGAAGCCAUUGCGGAAAACAUCCUAGCAAAAUAUCCUACCGAACGACGCCGUAAGACGCAGGAGGAAAUUGAUGCUGAGGAUGCCUUAUGGUUCCCUACACCGGCGGGAAAUCAACCACUUAACACAGAUCCAGCUUUUGCGAAAUAUUUAAAGCCGGCUGCGGAACGGAAUCAGAAAACUUUGCGCGACAAAAUGCUUCCUUCGAAGGAGUUAAGAGCUAGCAAAUCGAGGGAUGCCGAGGAGAAGGCUGCAAGUGCGAAGAGGGCUUUGGCGGAUGCUAGUAGUGAUGAGGACGAGGGACGAACUGCUCUAGGGAAAGCAAAGAAGCUGAAAACGAAACACAACAAGACAAACGGAGGGGAGGACGAUAAACCACUGAUCAACAAAGCCUUGCUUGCUCAAAAUCAGGUUGAGGAAGGGAAAGAACUGGUUAACAAAGCUUUACUACUCCAUCUGGAAGAUGCAGAUGAAAGCACGGAAGUUACCUCGAAGAAGUCGAAGAAAAAGAAGAGGAAGAAGUCCAAACAAAAGAAUGCGCUGGCGGAAGAGGACAAUGAGCAGAGUAAUCUGGAGGAUAAAUCACCCGAGGCUGUUGAUCAAAUGGAUGUGGACGAAGAAGACUUCAAUUUAUUCCGCAGCAAACCUGUCGAUGCGAUUCCGAAAGACAAUCUACUUACCGAUACUGAAAAAGCUUAUGAAGGAGACCCUGAGAAUGAACAGGCAUCAGAUGACGAGAGAAAGGCGAGACAAGAAGCAAAGAAACUUCUGAAAGCCCAGAGGAAGAAAGAGAAAAAAGACAAAAGGAGAGAAGAAAGGUCAAAGAUGAGUGUCGACACAGAAGACUAACAAUAGCUGAGGUAAAUCAUGUACAUUAGGUUUGGGCAUACUAUUUUAAUCUGCACCUAUAAGAACAAACUAUGAAUUAAGUCUAGAAGACA